CUUCAGAUGCUGGAUGUGUUAUGUCUCCAAAAUUGCCAGAGGGCGCAGUUUCUGAUCGGGACACAAAACCCUCUACGGUUUUGUUGGAUUGGUAAACCUGUUUUAACACGAAAUUAUAGAGAAUGCAUUGUCGGAAGGGAGGCUAUUUGAGGAGCGCUCGGUGCAUCUAUCUCAUUUCUCACUGAGUUGAAGCAAAGGUUUGGGCUCCAUUCUAAAGCCAACCUCUCCGCUAAAACACGGCCCAAUUUGGAGUGGGGUUGUAAUCAUGCAGGAAGGAUGGAUGGUACAAAUAUUUUUUUUCUGACAUCUUUGAUACACUGAGAUUAUUAUUUGUUUUGUUUCUGCAAGAUGGAGCCGCAAAUGAUGUCCUGCUUCGUUUUCUUGGCUUUUGCGUUUUCAGAAAACGUCGGAUGUAUUAGAGGAAGGGUUGGACCUAAAGUGACCGAAAAGGUGUUCUUUGACAUCACUGUGGCAGGUCAUGAAGUUGGCCGGAUUGUGAUUGGCCUGUUUGGAGAUGUUGUUCCCCUGACUGUGAAUAACUUUGUGGCUCUUGCCACAGGGGAGAAAGGAUACGGCUACAAAGGAAGUACAUUUCACCGGGUGAUCAAGGACUUCAUGAUCCAAGGAGGUGACUUCACAGCUGGAGAUGGAAAUGGAGGUAGAAGCAUUUACGGGAACCAAUUUGCUGAUGAGAACUUCAAGCUGAAGCACAUGGGAGCAGGUUGGGUCAGCAUGGCCAACGCGGGCCCAGACACCAACGGCUCUCAGUUCUUCAUCACUGCGUCCAGGGCUCCUUGGCUGGAUGGGAAGCACGUAGUGUUUGGGAAAAUCUUAGAGGGCAUGUCUGUGGUUCAUACCAUCGAGCUCCAAGACACAAAUGACCGGAACCUGCCCUACACAGAGUGUGUAAUUGUCAACAGUGGGAAGAUAGAAGUCAAAGAGCCAUUUAUUGUGGAUGUGGAGGGUUGGUAGGGUUAUCACUAUGUGUGUUACUGUAUUCAGAGAAGUAUUAUGCAGUUGUUGUAUAUGGCUCUCUAAUGUGUAUACUAACUUAUGUGUGUUACUGUAUUCAGAGAAGUAUUAUGCAGUUGUUGUUUAUGGCUCUCUAAUGUGUAUACUAACUUUUAACAAAAUGAAUACGAUGAAUUCAGUCAUUAUGAGAAGAUGUCAUUUACAAUUAAUAUCUUAAAACCAUUGUAAUUUAGUUUCUUAACCUACACCUUAACCUUCAUUAACUGCCAAAAUGAUCAGUAUGUCAUUUGCACUAUCCACUCAGCACUUUGUCAUGCUAAGUUGAAACAACUUUUAGUUUUUUACAAUGUUGAAAGAUUACACAAAGUAUUUAAUACUUCACUUAUUUUGACAUAUCAAAUGUAAUCACAGCAGCUGUAUGUUGUGAAAUGUUAAUGAGGUUCCCAUUUGUGAACAUGUUGCAUUGUUAUGGUGAGUAUGUUUUAUUAUUUAUGAGAAAUUAAAUUGUGGGGAUUCAUCUGGAAGAUGUAGUAGCAAGCUGCAAAGUUGUUAAUAUUUUAAAAACUAUUGCACAAUUGCAUAGAAAAUUGCUAGUGAUUACUUCAGGGCAAUUCCACUUUAACCGAAUUACACUUUGACUCAGAUAUAUCACUUUAAAAUGUAUGCCAAACAAAAACAUUGAUUUCUAAGUUUAACAAACCAUAUAACUUCAUGCACAAUGACUACUUUGAACAAUUUACACUUACAUUUACUAAAAGAACUGUGCAGUUGCAACGUUUGGUAAUAGAAUUACGGUAAAAUCUCCCUCAGUUUCUUAUGCAAACACAUUUUCCAAUAAUUAAGAUUCAAAUAUGUAUGCAAAAAGAAUGGGGUGUCAGUUAUGACAUGACACCUUGAGUUUGAAAUAAUUUAUUUUGGUUAUUGAACUACAGUAGGUGAAGUGGAUUUACAUUUGGUAACGGAAUUACGGUAAUGAAAUUGCAUCAUGGAUCCCUGAUCUGUACUAUACAGAAAUGCAUAAUGAAGGAUAUGAAUAUCAUGCUCAUCAUGGUGAUGUAUCCUGAAUAGGUACACAAAGGUAGAAAUAUGCAAUAUCCUCAUUUUGCUUAUUUGAGUUAUUCUACACACUGGCUAUUAUUGUAAUGAGCAUUUGGUUGGUACGGACCAGAGUGCAGUACAGUAUAGCACAGUAGAGUAGAAUACAGUAAAGUAGAUAUGUUCGGCACUCUUCAACAUUAUUGUGUUUUGAUGUACUUUUUCUGGUAGAUGUUGUCCAAGACCAAUUUUCCAUCUGUUUGACCAGAAAUCAAAGUCCAACAUUUUCGGAUG